AUGUUGAACGAAGUAAAUGGCGGCGCUUAUCCACCAGAUGUGAUCUCGCGAGGGCGCGCAGGGUCUGCCGUAGCACAGUCGGAGUUGGCGUACUUCCAGGACGGGUAUGGCGCAUCGUACGGGUCGGCGAGAGGUGUCGCUGAGCCUCAAGGCCCCAGCGCUGGCGAGGGCGGGAGGAGAGAUCGUUCGAAGCUGCCGAGCGGCGGCGCUGCGCCAUCCUACUGGUCGAAACCGCCUUCCUUUGGCCGGGCGGGAAAUCCAGCCGCACGUGAUGUUGUGCAGCCUGGCUCUCGCCUCGAUGGUCCCUCUGCAGAGCCAGCUCCCCUAUAUAGCACCAUCGCUAACGCGCUCACCCCCGUCUCGCCUGACCAUGUAUACGCCCAACCGCGUUCGCCGUACCCAAAGAUGGAGGUCGCCUCCCCGACGCUGAGCUACAGCACGCCACUACCAGCUGCAGGCGCUCCAGACGAAUCCCAGGGUCAACGCUAUCCCAUUGGCCAGCCGUACGCAUCCACCGGCCCUCGAUCUGCGAUAGAAUCGGUCGCUACGACCGCAUCUCCCCCGCCAGCCAGUCCACAGGAGAAGAAAGGACCGUCUGGCCGUCCCCAGAAGAUGCACCAGUGUCCUGUAUGUCAGAAGUGGUUCCCACGACCCGGGGGCCUGCAGACGCACAUGAACUCGCAUAACAACGUCAAACCCUACGUCUGCGGCUUCCACGAGUGCAACCUGCGCUUCACGGUGCAGUCGAACGCCAGGCGGCACCGGCGCAACGCGCACGGGAACGAGUUCGCGCAGCAGUACGAGGAGGCGGAGCGGCGCCAGCCCCCCAAGCAGCCCAACAUCACGUUCGACGACCCCGUCGUGAACAGCCAGAUCUUCCUCGAGGCGCCGCGCCAGCUCAUGUGGCUCCCGCCCAAUGAGCCCGAGGAAGAGAUGAUGGGCAUCGUCUCUUAG